AAACAGUAAUUUGAAUGCAGUAGUUUUAGUAGCAAGCGCAUGUAUAACAUCAGCAGAGGCAAAUAAAUACUGUCCCCCCACGUCAUCAACUAGCCUGAAUCAUCAGGUUUCAAAAAAAAAAAAACUAACCUGAAUCAUCAAUCAAGAAAACUUUAAAAGUAUUUUAAUAAAAAAAAAAGGUUUACUGCUUAACCCUCCUCACCGAUCUGCCUGCCAGUUCCCCGCCUCCCCACCUCCGCCGCCGGUUAGGGAUGGCCGACCCCUCCGCCGCCGCCGCCGCUGCAAACCCUAGCCCUGGCGCCGGCGAGGAAGGAGCCGCCUGCUCUCCGCCGUCGCCGUCUCAAAGGGGGCGGGGCAAGGUGGUUAUCGUUAUGGGCGCCACGGGAGCCGGCAAGUCGCGGCUGGCCGUCGACCUCGCGGCCCACUUCGCCGGCGUCGAGGUGGUCAGCGCCGACUCCAUGCAGCUCUACCGCGGCCUCGACGUCCUCACCAACAAGGUCCCCCUCCACGAGCAGAACGGUGUUCCUCAUCAUCUCCUUAGCGUGAUUGAUCCCUCCGUUGAGUUCACUUGCCAUGAUUUCCGCGACCAUGCCGUUCCGAUUAUACAGGAAAUAUUGGAUCGCGGUGGCCUCCCUGUGAUUGUCGGCGGCACAAACUUCUACAUCCAGAGUCUUGUUAGCCCAUUCCUCUUUGAUGAUAUGGCAGAAGAAAUGCACGACUGUACUUUGAGAGAACACAUAGAUGAUGAUAGAGGCCUUACCAAUGAUGAUGAAGACAGUGGGUAUGAACGCUUGAAGGAUAUUGAUCCUGUGGCUGCGCAAAGGAUCCAUCCAAACGACCAUAGAAAAAUCAAACGCUACCUCGAGUUGUAUGCAACGACAGGUUCCCUACCCAGUGAUCUUUUUCAAGGAGAGGCUGCUAAGAAAUGGGGUCGACCUAGUAACUCCAGAUUCGACUGUUGUUUCCUGUGGGUAGAUGCUGAUCUUCAAGCUCUGGAUAGUUAUGUCAACAAAAGGGUCGAUUGCAUGAUGGAUGCUGGCCUGCUGAAUGAAGUAUGCAACAUAUAUGAUGCAGAUGCUCUUUAUACCCAAGGGCUGCGGCAGGCCAUUGGGGUUCGUGAAUUUGACGAGUUUUUCAGACUAUAUUUACCAAGACAAGAAUCUGGUGAGGAUUCUUCUGCAAACUUGUUAGAUAUACAUGACGAUCAGCUUAAGAGCUUGUUGGAUGAAGCUGUUUCCCAGCUGAAGGCAAACACUCGCAGAUUAGUUCGACGUCAAAGACGAAGACUGCACCGACUGGGUAAAGAUUUUGGGUGGAAUUUGCAUCACUUUGAUGCAACUGAAGCAUUCUGCUGUGCCACUGGGGACUCGUGGCAAAAGAAAGUUGUUGAACCUUGUGUGGAUGUCGUAAAAAGGUUCUUGUCCGAUGAUUCAACUGUUUUACCAAGCACGAGCGCCUCAGAUGGUGUGGUUGGGAGCGUAAGGGGCCCGUCAAGAGAGCUGUGGACACAAUAUGUGUGCGAGGCCUGUGACAACCGGGUGCUUCGAGGGGCGCACGAGUGGGAGCAGCACAAGCAAGGGCGAGGUCACCGGAAGCGAGUGCAGCGCCUGAAGCAGAAGAGCCUGAGGCCACGGCCAUUGCUGUCGCAAGACUGCAACUGAUGGAGUGAUGGUGAUGGCAGCUGCAGGUGGCCAUUGGUUUUGUUCCCAAUCGAGUGAUGGGGCAUGCAGUUCCAGGUCUUGAGCAGUAGACGAGCUGAAAAGCGUUUUAACAUGAUGAAUCACAUGUAUGUAUGUAUGUGGAUGGGGUUAUUGGUCUUGCUAAUGAGUUCAGUGAAGAAUGUUUUUUUAUUAAUAAUUUGGUGAUCUGCGGCA